AUGAGAAAAUUAAGAAAAUCGACCGCAAAUCGAAAAAGGUCCGUACCUACGAUUAGUAAUGAAGACACUGAAUUAAAAAAAACUUUAUUCGAUGAUAAUAAUUUCAAUGAUAUUAAUGAAAAUUUAAAAACCAAUAUUGUCAGUUUUGUUAAAAAUGAAUCUGACAAUGAAACAGAAGAAAUUGAGUCUUCAGAAUUAAAGAAGAAAGAUGCUAAAAAACAACCUCCAGGUCGACGAUUGAAACUAUUCGAAAUUUAUAAAUUUGCUGAUAAACUUGAUUUUCUUUUUAUGUUUAUUGGUGCUAUAGCUUGUAUAGGCACUGGAGCUGUAUUCCCAUUAAUGAUGUUAGUGUAUCAAAAUGUUGCAACAUCAUUGGUUAAAACUAGUAUUCCUCCGAAUCUACUAAAUUAUACAACACCUCCUAAUAUUAAUCCAGAAUGUAUUCUCAAACCAGUAAAUUCAACUGCAGAUACUUUAUCCGAGCUUCGUGGAAUGAUUAAAUGGUAUCUGAUUUUGGGUGUUUGUAGUGUUCUUUGUUAUUGGAUUGGUUUUUCAUUAUGGAUGAUUUCGGCUGAACGUCAAGUUCGACGAAUAAGAUUUGCAUUAUUUCGUUCAAUUUUGAACCAAGAAAUGGGUUGGUUUGAUAAAUUAAAUCCUGGUGAACUUAGCAAUCGUUUAGUAGCAGAUUUAGACAAAAUUCGUGAUGGUUUAGGAGACAAAAAAGCUGAUUUCAUUAGUUUAAUCUGUCGAUUAUUCGGUGGUCUUAUAUUUGCUUUUGUUACAGGAUGGAAAUUAACAUUAGUAUUUAUAGCACUGAGUCCAUUGACUGUUAUUGCAUUCAAUAUUACUAUGCGAGUUAUUGCAAAAUAUACAGCUAGAGAAAUAAAAGCAUUUUCAAAAGCAAGUGCUGUAGCACAAGAAGUUCUUGGUUCAAUAAGAACUGUAACAGCAUUUAGUGGACAACAAAAAGAAGAAGAAAGAUUUGCAGAAAAUUUACGUGAAGCAAAACAAAUUGGUAUAAAAAAAGGUCUUUAUAUGGGUUUAUGUCAAGCAGCUGCUCAAGUAGCAAUUUAUAUAUCAUUUACAAUUACGUUUUGGUAUGGACCAUAUCUUGUACGAACUGAAUGUCAAAAUUAUAAUGCUGGAGCUGUGAUUGUUAUUUUUAUUUCAUGUUUACAAUCAACAUUUAGUAUUUCUCAAAUAGUACCAAAUAUUCAGGCAUUUGCUGAAGCGGCUGGUAGUGGUGGUUAUGUAUUUGAUAUUAUAUCACGAAUAUCUAAAAUUGAUGCAUUUAAAAGUGAAGGUGAAAUACCAACAAUGCUUGUUGGUGAUAUUGAACUUCAAAAUGUUAUAUUCACAUAUCCAGCUCGACAAGAUACACCGGUUUUGAAUAAUGUUACUAUGAAAAUUCCCUCGGGUAAAACAGUUGCUUUAGUCGGAGCAUCAGGAUGUGGAAAAAGUACAUCCAUUCAAUUGAUUCAACGAUUUUAUGAUCCAGAUCAAGGUCGAGUUUUACUUGAUGGAAAAGAUAUUAAAACAUUAAAUGUUGCUUGGCUUCGUUCGCAUAUUGGAGUAGUUAGUCAAGAACCUGUUCUUUUUACUGGAUCAAUUGAAGAAAAUAUUCGUUUUGGAAAACCAGAUGCAACUGAUGAAGAAGUUCGAGCUGCUGCUAAAAUGGCUAAUGCACAUGAUUUUAUUAUGGCACUUCCAGAAAAUUAUAAAACAUCAUCAGGUGAUAAAUUAAGUGGUGGCCAAAAGCAACGAGUGGCUAUUGCUCGAGCAUUGGUUUCAAAUCCAAGGAUUCUUCUUUUAGAUGAAGCAACGAGUGCACUUGACAAUACAAGUGAACGCGUUGUACAAGAUGCAUUGGAUAAAGCAAAAAUGGGUCGAACAACAAUUGUAAUUGCUCAUCGUUUGAGUACAAUACGAAAUGCUGAUUUAAUCAUAGCAUUAGACAAAGGCGAAGUGAUUGAAUAUGGAACUCAUAAUGUAUUAAUGGAUCGUAAAGGUCUUUAUUAUGAAUUAGUAAUAGCACAACAGCGUAAAGAAAAAAAAGAAGAGGAAGAGUCAUCUGAUGAAGAUAAUCCGAUAGAAUUACUUGAUAAAAAGGAAUUAAUGCGUCGACGUACGUUGUCAUUUGGUUCGGUACACUCAGAACAUUCUGAUGUUCCUGAUUUGGAUACAAUGAAUGAUACAACAGUUGAAAUUAAAAAGAAAAGAUUUUUUCGUAAACCAUUUAUUUUUAAAAUUCUUAAACUUAAUUAUCCAGAGUUGAACUGGAUUAUACUUGGAUGUAUAACAUCAAUUACAUUUGGUACUAUUACACCGUUAUUUGCAUUACUUUUCUCAGAAAUUUAUGGAUUAUUUGCUGAACCAGAUAUUGACAAAGCCAAUACACAAACACGUAAUUAUGCAAUAAUUAUUUUUUUUAUUGGCGUUGCUGGUGGUAUAUGUCAAUGUCUAAGUAGUAUUGCUUUUUCUAAAAGUGGAGAAGCUUUAACAAUGCGUAUGCGUAUUAUAUCAUUUGCAUCAAUGCUUAGACAAGAAAUAGCGUGGUUUGAUAGGGAAGAGAAUAGUCUUGGUGCUUUAGUAACUCAACUAUCAUCAGAUGCAUCAAAUUUAAAAGGUUUAUCUGGAAUUCGAAUGGGUAUUAUUUUUAAUGCAGUUGGAGCUGUCAUAUGUGCAUUAACGAUUGCUUUUCAAGCUGGAUGGAAAUUAACUUUUAUUGUUUUAUUAUUUGUACCAUUAAUGUUUUUUUCGGGUAUUUUACAAGCAAGACGAAUGAGCAAUACAAAAAAAACUAAGGAAAAAAAAAGUGGUAAUUUAUCUUGGGAAGAAAAAGGAGGAACAUUUGCAACAGAAGCAAUUGAUAGUAUUCGAACUGUUGUUGGACUUCAUCAAGAAGAAUAUUUUAUUUCUCAUUAUGAAGAUUGUUUUAAUAAUGAGUUUAAACGAUCACUGAUUAAAAUACAAUUACAAUCAUUUGGAACAGGUUUAGCUAAUUCAAUAAUGUUUUUUAUUCAUGCUGCUGCAUUUGGAUAUGGAAGCGUUUUAGUUGAAAAUGGAGAAAUGGAAGCUGUUCGUGUAUUUCGAGUUUUCUCGGUAAUUACAUUUGGUGCAAUGACUGUAGGACGAUCAACAGCUAUGAUACCUGAUUAUGCAAAAGGAAAAGAUAGUGCUAUUCGAAUAUUAAAUUUAAAUAAUCGUCGAUCAAAUAUUGAUCCUAAUGAUACAAAUGGAAUUGUAUUAGAUAAAGUGCAAGGAAAUAUUCAAUUCGAUGGAGUUAAAUUUGUAUAUCCAACACGACCAAAAUUACGUAUUUUAAAAGAUUUUAAUUUAUUAAUAAAUGCCAGUCAAACAACAGCACUUUGUGGACCAAGUGGUUCAGGAAAAAGUACAUGUGUUGCACUUCUUCUUCGAUUUUAUGAUCCAUAUGAUGGUAUUGUUUUACUUGAUGGUCAUGAUAUUCGAGAAUUAAGUUUACCAUGGUUACGAUCACAACUUGGAUUUGUUCAACAAGAACCCGUUUUAUUUAAUUUAAGUGUUCGUGAUAAUAUUGCAUAUGGUGAUAAUGGAAGAAAAGUUUCACAAGAAGAAAUUGAACAAGCAGCAAGAAAAGCUAAUAUUCAUGAUUCAAUUAUUUCAUUUCCUCAGGGUUAUGACACAAUGUGUGGUGCAAAAGGUGCUCAAAUAAGUGGUGGUCAAAAACAACGUAUUGCUAUAGCACGUGCACUUAUACGUAAUCCCAAAAUUCUUCUUCUCGAUGAAGCAACGUCAGCACUAGAUAUUCAUAGCGAGCGAAUAGUUCAAGAAGCUUUAGAUGUCGCACGAAGUGGUCGAACAUGUUUAACUAUUGCACAUCGUUUAGCAACAAUAAGAAAUUCAGACAGAAUUGUUGUUGUUGAUCGUGGACGAAUUAAAGAAAGUGGUACACAUGAUGAACUAAUGGAACAUCGAGGAAUCUAUCAUAAAUUAAAUAUGGCUCAGGAACGCAAUGAUGAUGAAUAA